AUGGAGCAAGACGAAGAUCCUCCAGUAACCACUCAUCCCUCUUCUUCUUCUUCAUCUUCUCAACUAAACCUCCCACCGUCAAUGAAUCGGCCGACGGUCUCACUCGAGACCCAACGAAUCAACCGUUUAAUCCAUUCCACCCAUUACCACUCCCCCUCCAAACCAAUCUACUCCGACCGGUUUAUUCCCAGUAGAUCCGGUUCUAACUUCGCUCUUUUCGGCCUCGAACCGUCCCCCAAGAAGGACGGGAAAGAAGAUGGGCCUGGCUCUUACGCCGGUAUGUUGCGAACAGCUCUUUUCGGACCGGAGACGCCCGAGAAAACAGAUGUCGUAACUGGCUUCUCUCCUUCAAAGAAUAUUUUCCGGUACAAGACCGAGACGCAGCGGCCAGUGAACUCGUUUGCACCGUUUGGGUGUGAUGAGGGUCCUAGUGUUAGCCGGAGUCCGGUUAAGUCGCCGCGGAAUAUUCUUAAGUCGGCUUAUAAGGUGAGGGUCGCUGAGGAUUGGAAUUUAGGGUUUGUGGGUUUGAGAUUAGGGUUGCUAUUCUGGGUAUUGGAUGCGCCGGCUCUGCAAGAUGAUUUUUACUUGAAUCUGGUGGAUUGGUCGUCACAAAAUGUUCUUGCAGUUGGAUUAGGCAGCUGCGUUUAUCUGUGGAAUGCUUGUAGUAGCAGUGUAACUAAGUUAUGCGAUCUCGGGGGCGACGAAAGCGUUUGCUCAGUCAGUUGGGCACUACGUGGAACACAUUUGGCGAUUGGAACUAGUAGCGGACCUGUAGAGAUUUGGGAUGCGUUGCGCUGCAGGAGAAUAAGAACAAUGGAAGGACAUCGACUACGAGUUGGAGCCCUGGCGUGGAGCUCAUCUGUUUUGUCUUCCGGUAGCAGAGACAAGAAGAUACUUCAGAGAGACAUACGGUCUCAAGAAGAUCAUGUCAGUACGCUAACAGGUCACAGAUCAGAAGUCUGUGGACUCAAAUGGUCUUAUGACAAUCGUGAGCUAGCAUCAGGUGGAAACGACAAUAAGCUUCUCGUAUGGAACCAACAUUCAACACAACCGGUUUUGAGAUACUGUGAACACACAGCAGCGGUUAAGGCCAUCGCGUGGUCACCACACCUGCAUGGACUACUUGCUUCAGGUGGUGGCACUGCUGAUAGAUGUAUCCGAUUCUGGAACACGACGACAAACACUCAUUUAAGUUGUGUAGACACUAAUAGUCAGGUGUGUAAUUUGGCUUGGUCUAAGAACGUGAACGAGCUUGUGAGCACGCAUGGAUAUUCACAAAACCAAAUCAUUGUUUGGAAAUACCCAACCAUGUCUAAAUUAGCAACUCUCACGGGUCAUACGUUCCGUGUUCUGUAUCUUGCGGUUUCACCAGAUGGACAGACGAUCGUUACAGGAGCAGGAGAUGAAACGUUAAGGUUCUGGAAUGUGUUCCCAUCUCCGAAAUCUCAGAGCAGGGAGAGCAGAAUCGGGGCGUCGUCCUUUGGUAGAACAACAAUCCGGUGAUUUCUUAAGAAUAUGAUCGUCUUAAUCAAACCUUCCAUAGUUUUUACAGUGUCUUCCUCAUGAGGAUACAACAAAUAGCUUUUUGUUGUUGGUGUGAUUCUUUAGGUCUCUCCUCCUAUGUAUAUAUUUUGAAUUUUUUCCAUCGUUUUCCAUGUGGAAUGCAAGUUGAGAUCUGGUAGACUGGUAUUAAACUCGGCUCUGCCAAGUGUAGUAUGGUUAGUUUUGUAGCAUGAUAUAUAUGAGAGUUUAU